GUGAUAAGCAGUAAUCAGCUUCUGGGUUUUGCUUUCAAGCGGACUCCUGCUGAAUCGGACCGAGGGAGUGUGUAGAUGUGUGUGCUUGUGUAGCAACACAGCGACAACUCUGAACAAAAAGGCUCAACACGGCUGAGCCACAGGAGGGGGAACUGAGGGAUAGAAGCAGGCAGAGUGGCUCAGCGUGACUGCACUUCUCAAGGGAGGAACUCGACCUGACAUUUAGCCCUCCUGGUGCCGCAGAGGAGACAGGGCAGCACAUUAGACUUGUCAGAGAAGAGGAAAACACCCUUUUUGCGUGUAUCACUCACUCACCUCAGCCUCUGUCAUCCACGCCUGUAAGUCCUGCACCUGCUACUUGGCCUUCCAAGAUGUCAGAUGAUGGCUGCCGCUCGCCCAUCGGCUUGGACUGCUGCAGCUGCUGCCUGGACCUGGCAAACGGCUGCGACGACUCGCUGUCCAGCAGCCCAUCUCAGGGCCUGGGUACCGCAGGCGGCAUCCCGGCCAGCCCAACCAGCCCCAGCGUGAGUCACUUCCGUCAGCUCCGCAACCAGCUGAUGUACCAGAACCUGAACACAGACAAGCUGAACAACAUCAUGAGGCAGGACUCGCUGGACUCGGUAGUGAGGGACCCCUGCUUCCUGCUCAAUGAGGGGAUCUGCAACAGCAACAUUGACCAGACCAUGCUGUCCAUUCUGCUUUUCUUUCACAGUGCCUCUGGUGCUAGCGUGGUGGCUAUUGACAACAAGAUCGAGCAGGCCAUGGAUCUGGUCAAGAACCACCUGAUGUAUGCUGUCAGAGAGGAGGUGGAGAUCCUCAAGGAGCAGAUCAAGGAACUGGCAGAGAAGAACAACCAACUUGAGAGGGAGAACUACCUGCUCAAGAACUUGGCCAGCCCCGAGCAGCUGGAGAAGUUCCAGUCUCGCAUCCCGACAGACGCGCUCUCGCCCCUGGACAAUCACAGCUCGCAGGGGUCUUCGGAGCAGCAGGGCUGCAACCGCAGCACCGGCUCUGCUGUAUAAGUGGCUCUGUCUUGGGGCGGGCAGAGCCACGGCAACUCUCUCUUAAGCAAUGGACCUCCAUUUGAACGUAAAUGAAAUCAACGCCGCAGAGAAAACCUUCGAUCGGAGCGAAGGUGGAGAACCACGGCCGCGCGCAAUCGUUGGGACUCAAACGAACUGUUGACGCUGAGCACAAACCAGAACUUGAGAUGCUCUGACCGGUGCCAUGUCAGGCCCAUCCUCUGAUACCGUCCAGCUCUUUGUCAUAGUCUCUUAGUAGAUGCAAGUGUUAAGAGUAGAGAGGGCUAGACACAGACGAGCACGUCCUUUCAGACGAUGAGUAUGUGGGGGUAAGACCCUUUUGUAGAAAUACCCCUCUCUCUUCGGAGGCAGGCCGCUGACCGGACUGGCCCUCCAGGGGUCAACUCUGCAAUCGUGGGGACUUUUUUGUGACAGGAGGAAGACCCCCUCAGAAGCUGCUCCAACUCUGAAAGUUUCAAGGACUUCCAGGCACACAUUUCAGCCUCCAAACCAGGAGUUAUCCUGCACCUAAAGUGUAUCCCUACUGUGUCCAUGUACAUUAAACAUAACCAUAAUUAACAGGAUAAGCUACAGUCAGAGGUGGAGGUUCAUGACGUAGUAUAGAGCCGUUAACCUUCUGCAGGAUACUGCAAUGAUUCACAUCACCUGUAAUCUGGUUCUGUCUGCAGUGGGGGCUUGCUGCAUUUGGGGAAAAUGAAUACUGCAAUGUCUUCUGUCUUUUUGUGUGUGUUUGAUUAUGGUUCUGAACACAAAUCUGUUUUUAUUCUAACAAGUUGGGCCAAGUUACUUGCCUGAUGCACAGGACAGUAGUUGUGUAUAUUCGUCAGAAAUGUCCAGAGGUAAACGCAGCGAAGACGGUGUGCAAGCACAUGCACUCCUGAUUCUUUAAGCAGCAUCCUUUAGGUCUGGUAGUUUUUUUGUUUGCUCAGAUGCCAACUUGAAAACAAAAGCACGACAACAGUGCUUGUAAGAAACUGAUGUUUGGGCCUUUUUUCUUUCUUUCUCAAGCUACCAAAGACUUUGCUUCACUUUUUUUUAUUUUUAUACGGCCACAGAAGCUGAACAUACCUGAACCAUGUUCUUCAAAAAGAGAGAAAAAAAAAAAUUGCCCAGGGAAGUCUUGCUUUGAGCUUGUGCUUCAGUGUCUGUUUUUGUAAAGGUAAUGUUGCUUUUUAAGUAUCCUGAAAACAGUUGUUCACUUCUGUAAAGUGUUUGGAUACAACUGCACAUUAGCAAUAAACCUUAUGUUUACAUAAUGAA